AUGGAAGGUAAAUGUCUCUGCGGCGCCAUAACCGUAACAAUCAAUGACUCGGAACUCUUCUCACGCCCAAGAGGUCAUCUAUGUCAUCGUCUGAAUUGUAAAAAGACAGCUUCAUCGGCAUUUGGGAGUAAUUUGGCAAUCGAGAGUGAAAAAGUAACGAUUAAAGGGGCGGAAAAUAUGAAUGUAUAUGAAGACUAUGAUACAUCGAGCGGAAAAUGUGUUAGGAGGCACUUUUGUAAAACAUGUGGAAAGUGGGUUUACCAUUUCAUUUUCCAGUUCAUGCCUCCUGAUAUUUAUUCCUUAAAGUUACGUGAAAUUGUUAACAAGAUCCACAGUCCAAUUCAAUCAAUCGCUGAAGCAUAUCCUGGUAAGACCAUUUUGAAGAUGGGAAUCUUUGAGAAAGUCAUGACGCCAGAAUGGGAAAGUUUCGUGAAGGAUAGACACCCAUGGCUACCAGCAGUAGAAGGAGCGGUGCAAUUCAAGUCGGAAAGUGGUGGAGAGAAAGUGUAG